UCUCUGCAGCGGAGGAUCCAACCAUGCCACAGUACAAGCUGACAUACUUCAAUCUGCGAGGACGAGCGGAAAUCAGCCGCUACCUGUUUGAAUAUUCAGGCAAAAAGUAUGAAGACCACAGGAUAGAAAUGGCUGACUGGCCCAAAAUCAAACCAACUAUCCCAUUUGGCAAAGUCCCCAUUCUGGAAGUAGAUGGAGUUAUCAUUCACCAGAGCCUGGCCAUAGCAAGAUACCUUGCCAGAGAAUCAGGUCUGGCAGGGCAGACACCUGUGGAACAGGCACUAGCUGAUGCCAUUGUGGACACCAUCGAUGAUUUCAUGACACUCUUCCCUUGGGCAGAGCAAAACCAGGAUGUCAGAAAACGAGCCUUUGAUGAGAUCCUCACCAACAAAGCACCUGAGUUACUGAAAGAUCUGGAUACCUUCUUGGGGGAUAAACAGUGGCUGGUGGGCAAGUCUGUAACGUGGGCUGAUUUCUACUGGGAUGUGUGCAGCACAACACUUCUGUCCUGCAAACCUGACCUGGCAGACAAACACCCCAGGCUUCUGGCUCUCAAGGAGAGAGUGCAAGCACUUCCAGCUAUUGCAGCCUGGAUCCAGAGAAGACCAAAGACUGUAAUGUAGA